CUCGUCGCAACAGGGCCCAGGGGACGUCAAGUUGACUGUGAAGUUGGUAACAGACAGUUGUCAACAAUCCUCCCAAAAGAUGGCCGUGUGUGUGGCAGUAAUAGGCAAAGAUAAUUCGCCUUUAUACAUAGGCGGAAUAGGAAACGAUACUGGAACUGAUAACGAGUUGUCUCGCCAAUGGCUUGUCCACACUGCUUUAGACGCAUUGGAAGAACGAUUAGCCACCACGAAUACCAACAAUGCAGCAGCAGGAACAAAUACCGCUCGAGCAGAUCUCCGUGACUUGUACUUAGGACUUCUUUACUCUACUGAUACCCAUAAAAUAUACGGCUACGUAACAAAUACGAGAAUUAAAUUAGUUCUCGUGACGAGUUCUACGUCGCCCAGUGGAAGCAAUAUAAGAGAUGCAGAAGUGCGGACGGCUUUGCGCCGGUUGCACGCAUUGUAUGCUGACGCUAUAUGCAACCCAUUCCAUUUGCCUGGGGAUCAAAUAACUUCACCGAAAUUCGACAAGCAAGUCAAAAGUUUAAUGCUAAAUAAUGUUUAAUACUCAAGCUGACAGCACUCUACCCAUUUUCUAGUAUUAUGUAUGAUGAAAUGAAAUGUAAUUUGAUCGGUUUAAGGGGAAUUUCUGCGUUAGUUGUUAAUUGUAUUUAUUUAUAUGUAUUAAUGUUAGUUACAACAUUAACAGUAAAGAUAUGUUAUAGAAAGACGGUCAAGUAAAUCUUGUUAUAGCAAAAUUCAUAAAUAGGUAUAUUAGGUAUAGGUGCAAUGUUUUAUCGUCCCAUGCAAAAUUAGACUAUUGCGCCUUUUUUAUGUGGCAAGCAAGACUUGCUUUGCUGUGUAAUUGUGUAUGCUUUUCCUUCCACAUAUAAAUUGUAAGACGACGUGUUUCAAUUAUAAGUAUAAUAUCUAAUUUAUUUUUACGGUUACAAAAUAAAUGAAUAGCCUGUUU